AUGGAGAAUGAGGAAGAUCUGAAUUUGGGAAACAUAACAAGAGUAACUCACUUCAUCCUUCUGGGUUUCACUCAUCUUGCUCAACUCCAGCUCUUACUCUUUGCGGUAGUUGUCUUGGUCUUCACAGACACAAUGAUGGGAAACAUUGUCAUUGUCCUCAGUGUAACUGUUGACCCUGCCCUUCAUGUGCCCAUAUACUAUUUUCUUAAAAAUUUGCCUUUGAUUGAGAUCUGCUACAUCUUAGAUAUUGUGCUAAAUACGUUGAUAAGUUUGUUGUCAGAAAGGAAGACCUCUUCUUUCACAACUUGUGCUCUGCAGUUGAACUUGAUCAUACUCUUUAUCAUGCCUGAGUGUUUCCUGUUAGUGAUCAUGGCUUAUGACCAGUAUGUAGCAAUUUGCCACCAACAACACUAUGCUAUCAUCAUGACCAAAAAGACACGUAGGCAAAUGUCAGCAGUAGCUUGGCUUUCUGGAUUCCCUGUAACAGUUGGGCUCCCUGGCUGGCUAUUCAGCAUGCCUUUCUGCAAGUCAAACCAAGCCAAACAUUUCUUCUGUAACAUCUCACCUGCCCUGAGAUUGGUGUGCUCAGAUACCUAUAUAUUUGAGCUUCUGGUGUUCAUUGCCAUGCUGCUUAUCAUGGUGCUGUCAUUUAUCCUAAUCACCAUCUCCUACCUCUACAUCAUCUAUACCAUUGUCCAGAUGUCCGUGGCUAAAAGCAGGCAGAGGAUGUUCUGCACGUGUGCUCAUCUCGUGGUUGUUAUUCUCCUUUACUAUACAACUUGCUUAAUUAAUUUAAUCCAUCCCAUGUCAAGACUCUCACCAAAUAACAAAAAGCUUGUGCCGCUUUCCUACACAGCCAUUACAGCAAUAAUCAAUCCCACCAUCUACAGCCUCAGGAACAGCGAGGUAAAGGAAGCACUACAGAGAGCUUUUGACAGAAAGAUGCUACCAGAAAGACUCACAACACUGUCAUUUUUUUCAGUAGCAAUUUCAGAAGUUUCAGACAAUCUGUAA